GGAUCAGAAGCCUUGCUCUCCUCGUGCACGCACCGAUUGAGGGGCUGCAUUAUUUAUUAAUUGUCCUCAGCUCAAUUGUUUGUUGUUAGUUUUCGUUUUUUUAAAUUCCGGUUCAUAGGAAAUCUGUCGCGAUUAUUUUCGCGAGUGACAUUUUUUUGGCUUCGUUAAACCUCAGAUACAAAAUGAAAGGAGCGAUAUUUCUAUUGGUAUCGUGUCUCGCGAGCGUGACCCUCGCAAAUCCAAUGGAUAAAAUCGAAAAAAUCGGAGUAAUUGAUCACCAACAGCAGCAGCAGACUGUGACCUUGACUGAUCGUGCCAAGUACGAGGAGGAGCUUAUGAGAAAAUUAAAUAACAAGUGCUCGCAAAAUGACAUAAGCAGUUGUGUAAUGCUUAAACUUGUAACAUAUAUGAAUAAGUUAUUAAAAAAGGCCUCAAUUGAACUGACAGAUGACAUCGAGAUAAGAAAAACUAGUCAGGCUACUGAAGAAGUCAUAACUUAUGAAGCCGGGCGCAGCAAAGACGACGACUCGGAGUUCAUGGAUUUGGUAACUGGUAAAAUAUAUGCCUUCGUUAAGUCCAGAAGCAUCAAAUGGCGAGUUUUGCCCGAGGACGACGUCGUCGUUUCCGCUUCCGAAGACGAGACCGGGUCGUUAAAUCUCGGGCUGUCUCUCGAACGUGCUGACAAUUCGCUUAUUGAUGCUCGUGGGAAAAAAGGCAACAACAUGGGGCCACUUUUGGCGGCGGCGGUACUGAAGAUCGGUCUCAUUGGGGCCUUGGCUUUCAAAGGUCUCGCUUUAUUAGUCGGUAAAGCUCUGCUCCUUUCGAAGAUCGCUCUGCUAUUGGCCAGCAUCAUCGGUCUGAAGAAAUUAUUCUCGCAUCAAAAACACGUCACCUAUGAAGUUGUGGCGCAUCCGCAUCAUUCCGCGAGUCAUUCGUUCAGCGAAGGCCACGGCGGCGGGCAUGACAGUUACUCAAGUGGAUGGGCGAGAAACUUCCAUGGGCAAGUGUUACCUACUGAGCAACGAGCCGCUCAAGAGCUCGCGUACUCCGCUCACGUUCCAGCUGCUGUUUGAGCUGAUGGAAACCACGAGCACGAACUUUACCCACGAUCAAUCUUUAUAUAUAUAUAUUUAUUUAUUUAUUUAACUUACUUUAUCUUUAUCUUCUUACCGACUUGAAAUAUCAUCCGUUCAUUUUACCCCUCUAUUCAUUCAUUCAUCAUUUUUUUUUUUUACUCAAUUUUUAUUUGUAUAUUUGAAAAUUUUCAAACGAACUAGGACCUGAUUUACUUUUUUUACUCUGACUCACACAAACAAACUUGACUUAAAUGUAUACGAGACUCAUACAUUUUUUCUAAUACUUAAGCACUUGUACAGAUUGAAAAUUACUGACGAUUAAUUUUAGUGGACAUGACGGACAUGUAAAAAAUUAACGUAGACGACACAGUAUUUUUAAUUUUUAAUUGUUAAUUAUUUAUUAUUUAUUUAUUAUUGUUAUUGUUAUUAUUAUUAUUAAAUUGUAUAAAAUUAUGUGACGACUCGAGUUGAGGAUCAUGGGUCUAAUGAUCUGUUAAUUAUAAUUUUUGGUAGUUUUAAUUUGUAAAAUUAAAUUUUAGAAAUUUUGACCCUAAUAAACUAUAAUUUUUAUAUUUUAACUUGUGACAGUUUAAGUUAUUAAAUUUAACCAAAUUUCUAAAGUCAUAAUUUCGAUAAUUUAAUUAACUCAGUUCAGAUUUAAAAAGUCCAAAUUUCGAGAUUUUAAUUUACUGUUAGUUCAAAUUUAAAAAGUCAAAAUUUCGAGAUUUUAAUUUACUGUUAGUUCAAAUUUAAAAAGUCAAAAUUUCGAGAUUUUAAUUUACUGUAAGUUCAAAUUUAAAAAAGUCAAAAUUUCGAGAAUUUAAUUUACUGUAAGUUCAAAUUUAAAAAAGUCAAAAUUUCGAGAAUUUAAUUUACUGUCAACUUAAAUUUAAAAAAGUCAAAAUUUCGAGAUUUUAAUUUACUGUCAGUUCAAAUUUAAAAAAGUCAAAAUUUCGAGAAUUUAACUAAUUGUCAGUUCAAAUUUAAAAAGUCAAAAUUUCGAGAUUUUAAUUUACUGUCAACUUAAAUUUUAAAAAGUCAAAAUUUCGAGAUUUCAAUUUACUGACAGUUCAAAUUUAAAAUAUCAAAAUUUCAAGAAUUUAAUUUAUUGUCAGUUCAAAUUUAAAAAGUCAUAAUUUUGAGAAUUUAAUCAACCGUUAUUUCAAAUUUCAAAAGAUAAAUUUACUGCAUGUUCAAAUUUCGAAACUUCAAUUUAAAACCCAAAAUUCUAAAACUCUUUUAACUGUAAUCAUAAAUUCAAAAAGUUCAAAUUCACUCCAUUUAAAAAAUAAAAAUUUCAAAACUCAAAUAACAGAACUUCAUCUCUCCAAAGAUCAUUAGGUCAAAAACCGAGUCGAGUCUUAAUUAUAAGUCUCAUCGUAACUUCUAAUUAUUAAUGUUGUCAUAAUAAUUAAUCCCACUUGCCAGUUGAUUUAAGGCGACCAAUUACUUUGUAUCAUAACUUUAUAUAUAUUUGUUGUGUUAUAUAUUAUUUAAUAAAUAUAUAUUUAUUGUUUUUCGUAA